AACAUUUACUUUAGUUGAUUUGUUGACGUAGAAGUGAGAGCAAGUACGGUUUCGAUUCCGGAUCGAUGAUUAACAGUGAUCGAGUACAAUAAAGUUAACAAAAUAAGAGUAAACAUCAAAAAUGCUACCAAUACAAAAACCACCGCAAACUUACUCGCGGCUGUUUCGACCAUGGGAUAUCAAGUGUAGCCAAAGUAUUGAAAAAAGUUCUAAUUUAAAUGUGAAAGUGGAAACUUCAAUUUCGCCGGCUAUAUAUCAAAACAGUGAUCAAGAUAAACUGAACGUUAAGCCCACACAUCAAACCGAAAAAUUAAAUGAGAAUGUAAUAUCAUUCGACCUGGACCAACCCAAUAUGUUUCACAAUUAUGCGGACGAAAUUCCAAUUGAUCCGGGACUAUACAUUAAUUUGCCUAACUGCAUCAACAACGCCGAUAUGCCUUUCGUUGGGUUCGACCCAUUCACCGCAAGCGCCAUGGAACAGGAGUAUGCUAGAGUAUUGGCUGAAGAAGCGCACGCUAAAAUGCUGACUGCCCGAAAACAGCGACCAAAGAAAUUUAAGUGCCCCCAUUGCAGUGUUGCCUUUUCCAACAACGGACAACUUAAAGGUCAUAUUAGGAUACAUACUGGCGAACGUCCAUUCAAGUGUGACGAAAGCAAUUGUGGCAAAACGUUUACUCGAAAUGAAGAGCUGACUCGACACAAACGAAUCCAUUCUGGUGCCCGUCCCUAUCCGUGCUCAAAUUGUGGAAAACGAUUCGGCCGACGCGAUCAUUUGAAGAAACACACAAAAACGCAUUUUGUGCAAGAGAGGUAUAUGUCGCCAGCCGUGUUUUUGCCACUUUAUCCUUAUUUGUACGGUUAUUAAGGCAAUGUCAUUCGUUGUUAAUCAGACGAUUGAUCUAAAUUUGAUAUUUAAAAAAAUGGUGUCUCCUCUGACUCCUCUGAGACCUAUACAUCAUGUCGAAAAUUAUAGCAAUACUUAUAUAGGUAGAAAGAUAUAGUCGUAUAUAGAGAAUAAAAACUGAACUGGAAUAGAGUUGACAAAUUAUGAAGGAAGGAUAUGUGUGGAUUUUUAUAU